AUGGAAAACAACAGCAAUGCUAAUUUUACCGAUGAAUUCGGAAUAGGAUUGAACAACGACGAAGAUAUUUUUCCAACAGUCGUCGCCAAUCAAAAUAUGUGUGAUGACGAUAAUUGGCAACAAAACGACGACGAGAAUAGUAGUUCUGUCUAUCAAGAUCAAUCUGAGUCCACCGCCGUUAUUGCCAACAACAAUAACGAUUCAUUCGAUUCAUCCACUAUAAAUGAUCAAAUGCUCAAUACCAAUGUUAUUAUUUACGAUAUGAGAUCCAAUGAUUCGUCAUCUGUUCACGACUUUAGUGUACCGGAUAUUGAUGAGAAUCUAAAUAUCGCCGGUAAUAAUGAUAGUAUUUCUAAUCAACAAAUAGUAUCCAAUUGGGAACAAAAUGCGAAUUACUUUACUUAUAUGGAUGCUGCGACCACCAAUGCUGAACCUUCGACAGCAACAAAUUAUUUUGAUAAUCAUGAUGGGAACAUGUUACGCUCUUUACAAUAUUACGCGAAUGCAACAAUUCAAAAUCAAUUUCCUCAAUACGCGUUUAAUCCGAUUUUAGGAUCUCAACAGCAUCCAAUGCAAACACAACAUUCUAUUAAUCGCGAACACAAUUCAAUCCCGUUUGCGCAUCUUUUUGACACAACGACGCAUGCAAACAUUCAUCACAAUAAUUUCAUAAAAUUGAAAAAGAAACGGACUCGCAAGCAUCAUGAGAUAGUUGAUAUUGCUGUCCAAGGAUCUGGAUCGUCAUCUUCUCAAAUCCCAUCACCAAUUAUCAGUGGUUUACGUCACGAUGAAAUUCCACAAUGUUCAAAUUGUGGUGUAAGAGAAACGCCUGCUUGGAGACGUGAUUUACAAGGAGUUGCAUUGCUAUGUAAUGCCUGUGGUUUAUACCUAAAAAAUAAGGGAGUUCAACGUCCUACAGAGAUAGCGCCAGAUGGUACAAUAAGAUUAAUGCGUGGACAACGAAGAGAUAGUGAUGUCACGUGCCAGAAUUGUGGUGCUCGUAAUACUCCGUGCUGGAGAACUCCAAAUGGACAAUCACUUUGUGGAAAAUGUGGCAUCUUUCAACGAACGCACGGAUAUCCACGUCCACCGAGCCCAUCACCUUCUUGCUCUUCAACAUCGUCAUCGCCAUCGUUGUCUGCCGGAGGUUCUUUGCAGCCGCGGAAAUCUCCUAUUCAGUCUCUUGCUCCUUAUUAA